UUUUGUCGAAUAUUACUUGGUUAAUUUUUUUUGUUUUUUACUAUUUGCUUUUUAGUUGUUCGAUUUUUUCGUUUUUUGCACAUUUCCCAGAUUUAGAAUUAGCGCUAAACAAAGAGGGUCAGGCCCGCAUUAGGCUUCUUAAGAUAGAUAAAGACGCCAAUAAUAGUUUUGAUUUAAAACAUACACAGGGAAAAUCGCGUUCGCGUGUUUCCACAUGCGGAAGUAACUUGGGGGGCUAAAACUAAUUGUAAGCUUUAAGUAAGCUUGCGUGAGAACUUCCGCAUGAAUAAUCCCGUACUUCCGCAAAGCGAAUAACUGCAGGAUUGCGGGAGCGUUAUUUCACAAAAUCCCGCGCGAGAUCCCGUCCCGCACCGGUCGCCAUUUUUCUAAACCUUCGUGUAUCUCUAUUAGGCUUUUUAACCCAAUUCGUUUUAUCAUUUUUAGAGCUUUAAAAUGCUGACUCAUAAAUUACGAAGGCGUGUUACUCGUUUUGGAGAACGUCCUCGAGACAUUCGUCAGGCUGGUUUUUUAUUGGAAGGAAAGCCUAUAACAUAUGAAGAUCUUCGAUUUGAGCGUGCAUUAGCUUACAAUCUUGACAUUUCAAAUGAAAUUGUUGUUGGAACGCCAAAAGUAAUUGAACGCAACUCAUCUUCAUUGUCUUCAUAUUCUUCAUCUGAUCAAAAUAAAAAACUGCUUAAACGCCCUAGAAACAAAAAAUCAAAGAAGAAGGCGAAAAAUACUUGGGCAGAAGACGAAGCUGUUGCUAAAGAAUUGCAAAGAUUUAAUAAUGAGUUUGAUGAAAUUGAUGACUUUCAAUUGUUGACAGAAGAGGCGCCACGUGAUUUUUAUGUUAUUAAAAAACGAAAGAGGACAACUCCAAAGGAGCUGCAACAAAUUAAUGAACCAGUUGUUACAGCAGAAUCUUCUCUCUUCUUUUCUAAACAAGAUUCAACACAAUUUACUUUGAACGACACGCCUCUUCCUCCACAACAACAACAAGAAGAAAAUUUGUCAGCAAAUAUUUCUGAUGAAAAUGAAAUUGUGCCAGAAUCUCCAAUUUUAAACAAUUCGCCAAUUUUCAAAGAUAUCCAAGAACAACAACAAUUUGCUUCAAUUUCUUUAAAAUCUCCAACAUUGUUGGAAGAAACUACUCAAAAAACUAUUCCUUCACAAGUUUUUACUUUGGACUCAACUGAAUCUGUUGGAAUUGUACAAAAUGUUGAUGUUCAGUCGUUGUCUACUGCUAAAGAAGUUUCACAAAAUUUAACUGAAAAAUCUUCAAUUAUUUGUUCAUCAACCAAUUUAUUGCCUCCAAAAAGAAUUUUUUCUUCAAUUUGUGAAGAAAAAGGAAAUGCUGUUGUUGAUGUUAUUCAAUUGGAUAGUGCUUCGUCUAUUCAACAAAUUUCGUCAAAAAUUCAAACGCGAUCAAUGGCUAAAGAAUCUUCAAAAAUCUGUUCAUCAUCCAAUUUGUUGCCUAAACGAAUUUUUUCUUCGAUUUCUGGUAGUGUACAAGACAAAGACGAGGAGGUUAUUCAAUUAGAUUCUUCUAUUAAUCAGCAACCUUCAAGUAUCCAUCAAUCUCUUUCGACAGCUAAAGAAUCUUCAAAAAAUUUGGCACAAGAAUCUUCAGCAAUUUCAUCAAUUACUAAUUUAUUGCCUUCAAGAAGAAUUUUUUCUUCUAUUAAUGAGGAAGAGGAAGAAUCCAGGGAGGUUAUUCAAUUAGAAGAUACUUCGUCUAUUGUACAAUCGAAAUUUAAUGUUUUUGAUUCUAUGAGGGAUUCUCAUCAUCAAACAUCUUUGUCAUUAAAUAUAGCUAAAUGUCCUUCAAAUAUAAAGGAGAAUAUUUUAAGAGAUGAAGCUGUUCCACACUCUUUUGCUUCAAAGAAGAAUUUGUCCCAGAAAGAUUUAUUAACUUCCCGAGGCCAACAAGAACACAAAUCGUCGGAAAACUCUUUAUCAUUCAAUUUGGAAGUGGAAGUAGUGGAAGAAGGAGAAUAUGUUUUGGAUGAGGAAGAAAAUGAAGCGGAAAAGGAGGAAGAAGAGGAAAUGGAGGAGGGAGAAGAGGAAAUGGAAGCGGGAGAAGAUGAAGUAAAUGAUGAAGAAGAAAUGGAAGUGCAAAAGGUGGAGAUGGGGGAGAAUGAAGAGGAAAUGGAAGCGGGAGAAAAUGAAUUGAAUGGUGAAGAGGAAGAAGAACUGGAAGAGAAUGAAGAAGAAGUUGAACUGGAAGACGAAGAAAAAGAAGUCGAAUGUCAAGAACCAUCAAAAUCUGUUGAAAUUCAAUUAGUGUCAACAGCCAAAGAAUCCUCAAAAAAUUUGUCGAGAAAAUCUUCGAAACUUUCUUCCAAUUUGCCACCUAAAAGAAUUUUUUCAUCAAUAUGUGAGGAAGUGGAAGAAGUACAGAAUGUUAUUCAAUUGGAUAGUGCUUCUUCUAUUCAACAACAAUCCUGUUCAAGAAUUCAGCAAUCUCUUUCAACAGCCAAAGGUUUGCAAAAAAAAAUUUUUUUAAUGACUUUAAAACAUGACUUUGAAAACAUAAAUUUUUUUGGAAAAACUUUUCUUUGA